UACAUAUAUUUAUUCUCUUGCAGUGGUUGUCUUUUCUUCUCUAUGCUGUUGUUGUUGGUAGUGUAUUGAGUAGUUGAGAAUGUAAGAACUACAUAAAUCCCAUCUCUCUCUCUCUCUCUUUGUCUCUCUCUCUCUCCCUCUUCUGUCUCUCUCUCACUCUUCAGCGCAAUGGGAACUCAAGAGCAGUAAAUACUAAAAAGCAGCAUCUCACCAUGAAAGUCCUCUUCAUAUUCAUGCUUUUCAUUUCUUCACUCGUCUUUCUAGCAGAAUCAUCAACAUCAGCUUGCAAUAGUUCCGACCAAGCUCUUCUCGCCAGGGCCUUCGCCUCUGUUUCCGGCUUCAACAUUUCUUGGUUCUUCAACACCUCUCUCUCCAACUGUACAACCCCUCCAAUCUCCGAAAUACAGCUCUCUUCCAGAAAUCUCAGCGGCACAGUCUCAUGGAAGUUCAUGAAGAAUAUGACGCAGCUUCGGAAGAUAGAUCUCUCCAACAAUUCUCUGACGGGCUCUGUUCCGCCGCUCAUAUGGCUUCUCCCCAGACUUGCUGAAAUCGACCUGUCCAAGAAUCAGUUGGGUGGUGCGAUUGGGUUUCCUAAACCGGGGUUGUUGAGGUCUUCACCGGUUCGAAAGAUUGAUCUUUCGUUUAAUAGGUUCAAGAACUUCACUUACCUUUCAAAUUUUCCUAAUCUUCGCUUUCUUAAUCUUUCGCAUAAUGAUUUCCAAGCUGUGUUGCCUUUUUGGUUCACCAACUUAACCAAUCUUGAAUCUCUUGACAUUUCUGGCUGUAAUGUUUUGGGGAAUUUAAAGCCGGUUUCGGGGCUUCAAUUCUUGAAAUAUCUAGAUAUUUCAAGCAAUCACUUCACUGGAAAAUUCCCUGCUGAUUUCCCACCAUUAGGUAACCUUGUGUUCUUGAACAUCUCCUUCAAUAACUUCUCGGGGUUUUUGGGCUCAAAAGAGGUCCACAGAUUUGGUAGUUCCGCUUUCACUCAUGCUGGCAACCUCAUCUUUCGGAGUAACACUACCACCUCGCCUGACCUACACAUCAAACGUCAUCGACCUACUCCACUACUCCACAGACCACCGCCCAAAACCCCGCAGAAGAAUCUCAACUCCGUCAAGAAAAAGAUACACAAAUCAGGAACCCGGAAAACAUUAAUCUUAGUCACCUCAAUAGCAUCAUCCUUCCUGCUCCUGGUCGUCGGUAUUUCCACUUACUGCCUGUACAAGAAGAGAAAAAUCGCCAGGCAAAACAAAUGGUCCAUCUCAAAGCCAAUCCAAAUCCCAUUCCGGAUAGAGAAAUCCGGCCCGUUUUCAUUCGAGACAGAAUCCGGGUCCUCAUGGAUUGCUGAUAUCAAAGAGCCCACCUCAGCUCCAGUGGUGAUGUUUGAGAAGCCAUUGAUGAACCUCACAUUCAAGGACCUGAUUGCGGCCACGUCACACUUUGGGAAAGAAUCCCUCCUCGCAGAGGGAAGGUGUGGACCCCUUUACCGCGCCGUGCUGCCAGGCGACCUCCACGUGGCGAUCAAAGUCCUGGAAAAUGCUAGGAGGCUUAGCCACGAUGAUGCCGUGGCCAUGUUUGAAGACUUUUCCAGGCUCAAACACCCAAAUCUACUGCCGAUUUCUGGCUACUGCAUUGCCGGUAAAGAGAAGUUGGUGUUGUACGAGUUUAUGGCCAAUGGCGAUCUCCACCGAUGGCUGCAUGAACUCCCAACAGGAGCGCCCAACGUUGAAGACUGGAGUACCGACACAUGGGAGAUCCAAAAUGGGACCCACAACACUUCGCCGGAGAAGAUGGAAUGGCGUACGCGCCACCGCAUCGCUGUCGGGGUGGCAAGAGGACUUGCCUAUCUUCACCACGGCCGGUCCAAGCCGGUGGUUCAUGGCCAUUUAGUGCCAUCAAAUAUAUUGUUGGCGGACGACUUCGAGCCACGGAUAACUGAUUUUGCACUGAGCCAGGAUCGAGCCGGCGUCUCCACCGAGGAGGAUGUGUACAACUUUGGCGUGGUACUAGUCGAAUUGCUGACUGGUCAAUUGGGUUCGUCGGAGACCAUUGAUUGGAUGAGGCGGCUAGUGAAGGACGGGCAAGCGGGGAAGGCGCUGGACACAAGGCUGAGGGGCGGCGGAAGCGACUCAGUGAGUGAGAUGGUGGAGUGUCUCCGAGUUGGGUACCUGUGUACGGCGGAGUCGCCGGGGAAGAGGCCCACAAUGCAACAAGUUCUGGGUUUGCUAAAAGAUGUACACCCUUCUCCUUUAGAGUUGAUUUGACUGGUGGAUUGUAUUUCUUUUAAGAUUUUUAAUGUUAUUAUGUUUGAAUCCAUAGAAUUAAUUAAACUCGUGCAAUUAAAUUAAUAACACGUCUUUU